UAUAGGUUACGUGUCUUCCAAAGAGAUAUCUUCAAUUGACACAUCAUUUACUUGUUCUUUCAACUUUCUCACUUCAUCAUUCUCUACUUUGAUCGCUGCAAAUCUCUUUUUGUUUUCCCCCAUUCAUCUCAGAUUUCUAAUUGCAUGUCUACGAUGGAGGUUCAACAACUUCACAUCUUCUUCUUUCAUGAGAUUAAUUCAAAAAGAAUUCUAUUUAAAAAUAAAGUGGCAUCAAUUGGAUCAAAAUCGAUUACCUACAGAUUUUUGGCAAACACAUGAGCCGACAUACAUGUGUAAGUAUGACAGUGUUCACGGUCAAUGGAAGAACAAUGAGCUCAAGGUUAAGGAUGAGAAGACUCUUCUCUUUCGUGAGAAGCAUGUUACUGUAUUUGGCAUAAGAAACCCAGAGGAAAUCCCAUGGGCUGAGGCUGGAGCAGAGUACAUCGUGGAGUCAACUGGAGUCUUCACUGAUAAAGACAAGGCUGCUGCCCACUUGAAGGGUGGUGCUAAGAAAGUAGUCAUUUCUGCUCCUAGCAAGGAUGCACCUAUGUUUGUUGUUGGUGUCAAUGAAAAGGAAUACAAGCCAGACCUCAACAUCGUUUCUAAUGCUAGCUGUACUACUAACUGCCUUGCACCUCUGGCAAAGGUUAUUCAUGACAGGUUUGGAAUCGUUGAGGGUCUUAUGACUACAGUUCACUCCAUAACCGCCACCCAGAAAACUGUUGAUGGACCAUCAGCUAAUGACUGGAGGGGAGGAAGAACUGCAUCAUUCAACAUUAUCCCCAGCAGCACUGGAGCUGCAAAGGCUAUUGGAAAGGUGCUACCAUCAUUGAAUGGAAAGUUAACAGGAAUGUCUUUCCGAGUUCCAACAGUCGAUGUCUCUGUGGUUGAUCUCACUGUGAGGUUGGAGAAAGAAGCCACCUAUGAUGAAAUCAAGGCUGCUAUCAUGUUGAACUCAUUUACUUUUGAACACUUACGCUGUCACCUGCUAAGUUGAUCAUAUUUUUCUUCGCUUUUUCCCUCCUUCAAACUUGACUUCAUUUCUCUUAUUUUCAUCUUUAUUUACAUGUUGAAUGUAUUCUUUA